AUGGCAACGAGGCUGCAGCGGCUGGAGGAGGCGGCGGCCGAGGACAAGGGAGGACGGGGCAUCGGGCCCCUGCUGAGGGAGGGAGAGCUCGAGGAAGCGACGAGGAGCCUGCAGCAUGUCAGGGCCGUCGCCAUUCUCACAGGCUACCCAUGUUGCUCCUCUUCCCCCCCCACUGAGACCGAUGGCCCCCCUGGUGCCCUCGCCAUCGCCCGCGCGCUCAUGCGCAUGGGGAAGAGAGUCAUGCUGAUGACGGACGAGAUCAAUCGUGAACCUAUCGUGGCAGCAGAGGAGGAGGGGCGGAGGAGUUACGGGUGCGAUCCAGUUCCGGUCCUCUCGUUCCCAGGAGGGAGCGUAAACGCGCAGGAGCUGGUGGAGUCGCUAGAGCUGGACUGCCUGAUUGCCAUAGAGAGAGCAGGGCCGGCGGAGGAUGGAGGAUACUACACUAUGAGAGGAAGGGACAUGUCGCUCUCGGUUCCCAUCGCCAAGCUUGAGAGUCUGUUUGCAUGCACGAGCAAGGACGGCAAAUCGCUCGUGACUAUCGGUGUGGGAGACGGAGGCAACGAGGUCGGCAUGGGCAAGCGCAUCAAACUUGUUCGCGCGCAUGUUCCGUUAGGGGACAAGAUCGCAUGCACAGUGAAGGCGGACCACCUGAUAGUUGCUGGAGUCUCCAACUGGGGAGGGUGGGCCCUUGCUCUUGCCCUCAUGAUCAGUCAGCAAUCUCACACGGACCCUCACGUUCUCAGCCUCGACGGCGAGAAGCGCAUCCUGCAGGCGAUGAUCGCAGCUGGAGCUCGUGACGGAGUCACGUCGAGCGACCAGCUCUCGGUGGACGGAAUGCCGUGGGAGACGCAUGAGGAACUCCUCAAGACGAUGCUGAGCAUAGCUAGCGAUGAGGAAGAGAUGAAGGAUAGAGGAGGUUGA